ACUUUUUAGUUCUAAUAAACCAAAUAAUAAUAGAAUUUUUAGACCAUACAGAUUUAUUAUUCCACACAUGGGGAUUUGGCUUGUUGAGUUUGGCUUUUGCUCUGCGUUAAGUAUGACUAGAUUAUCAGACUUGAUUAGUUUAAUAUCAUCGUUUGCCUCCUGUGUGCCACUGAAUGGGUGUCCCUCCAGGCCCUGGAUAUCAGCUGACCUUUAUGACCACUGACACACUCAAUCAAAUUAAGAUUCAUGUGUUGACGGCGGGUAAUGUGAGGCAGGUUAAUGUUUAAAAAGCAGACCUUUGAGAUCAUCCAGUGAGGAGGAGUCAUUAAAACCCAGCGAGCGACGUCAAUCAUUGACCUGUUCUUCACCAGGCUGAGGAUCCGUGUGUGUGUGUGUGAAAGUGUGUAAGCACAGCAGGGUGUUGUGCUCAGGUUCUCGGGCUGGUGGACGAUGUUUUCGGACGCUGGUCACGCCGAGGCGUGGAGCAUGAGUCUGGGGCUGAGUCAGCUGGACCUGGACGAGGCCAUCGCCUGCGAGUUUGAUGAGACGUCUUUUCCAGCGCUGGACGUUUCGAGGACGUCUAGUGAAGACUCCUCUGAUGGACCUGGAACCAGCAGUGAAGCUACACCUAACCGUGAUCAACAUCUCAGGAAAAACGCUAAGAAUUCUGGAAAAAUGUGCCGAAAGCCUCCAGCGAGCCUUUUCUCGUACGCGAAGCUCCACAAAGACGUGACCAGUGCUUUACAAAACAUCGAGUGCAGAGUCUGCGGUGAUAAAGCCUCUGGGUACCACUAUGGAGUCCACGUAUGUGAAGGAUGUAAGGGCUUUUUCCGGAGAACCGUUCAGUUAAAGCUGUCGUAUAAAUACUGCUCUCUGAACUGUCGCAUCCACAAAAGGAGCCGCAACAAGUGUCAGUUCUGUCGCUUCAGGAAGUGUGUUGUAGUAGGAAUGUCACACACGGCUAUUCGUUUUGGUCGGACGCCCCUCGCUGAGCGGGACCGGCUGAUCGCAGAGUUCCGCUCGGACGCGGGCCAGCUGGACCCGGAGUUGGCAAAACUGCAGGCUCUCGCCAAACACUUAUACCAGUCCUACCUCAAACUCUUCCCCAUGACCAAAAACAAGGCCAGGGACAUCCUAUCAGGGAAGGAUGAGGAAUAUUCACCCUUUAUCGUCCACAACAUGGCAUCGCUAAAAGCUGCGCAGGAGCUUCUAAACAGCAUACGGGCCCCCGUGGCCCCAUUCCCGACCCCAGAGCCCACCGGCGAGAUGGAGCUGUCCUUCUUCCGCCAAGUCCAGUUCCGUCAGGUGGAAGGAGUCCAGCAGGUGACGGAGUUCGCCAAGAGCAUCCCGGGCUUCGUGGACUUGGACAUUAACGACCAGGUGACCAUGCUGAAGUACAGCGCCAUUGAAGCCCUGAUCAUCCGCAUGGUGAACUUCACCAACAAGGACGGAAUACUGAUGGGCUGCGGCAAGAUCUUCAUAACCCGAGAGUUUCUGAAGAGCAUCAGGAUGCCCUUCUGUGAGAUGAUGGAGCCCAAAUUUGAGUUCUCAACCAAGUUCAACACCCUGGAUUUGGAGGACUGUGACCUGGCACUCUUCAUCGCUGCCCUCAUCCUCUGUGGAGAUAGACCCGGUUUGCUGAACGCUAAAGCUAUUGAAGCACUUCAGGACGAGGUUCUACAGGCUCUGGAUCUCCAGCUGAAGGCUCUUCACCCAGAUUCUCCUUAUCUCUUUCCUAAACUGCUGCAGAAGAUGACAGACCUCCGGCCCCUGGUGGCCGACCACGUCCGUAUUAUCCACCUGAUGAAGAAAACUGAACUGGACGUGUGCCUCCAUCCUUUGCUUAAGGAGAUUAUGAACGAUCUCUACUAGAACCUGGUCAGAAUGGACUAGAUCCAGACAGGGAAGGAGGAGGGCGUGGCCAAACGAUAACCAAGAUAACCUUAGGCUCAAUCCCAUUUCACCCCUUGGCCCUACCACUUACCCCUACCACUUACCCCUACCCCUUCUUUCGAGUGUAAGGGGUGAAAUCCUCCCACUAAGAAUUGGGACAACCCUUCAAUCACCAGCUACGUCAUCAGGAGCACUAAGUUCAGUAACCUAGCUGCUGCUGUUGGUUUACUAGUUAACUUUAGAGCAUAUUUUAUUGCAUGUUAUCAGAAAGUGGGGGCAGAAAUUAAUUAUUACUGUUCAUUUCUUAAUUCCUUUUUUCCAUUCCACCUUAAAUGAUGCAGCGCCUGCCGUCUGUUGCACCAUUUAAGGUGGAACAAGAAAGUUAGCUAGCUAGCUAACUACUGAGACAAACUACUAGUGACUUUUUAUAUGCUUGUUAUGAAGAAUUUGGCCAUAAAACAUUGAAACUACACAUUAAAGUAUGGUAAUAAAUUACUAUUCGUCACUUUUAACAAGGAAAAUUCUUAAAUUUGUUAUGUUUUUUUUACCAGUGAUUCUCAUAACCCUCGAUUUGAAGUCUGCAUCUGAAAAAUCUCUGUAUGAAGGGCCUAUCCCUCCCUAUGAAGCCCUAUCCCUUGCCCUAACCUACCCCUCCAGCCUAACAAGAAUCGGGACACCCCUACAGAGGGGUGGGGGUAAGUGGUAGGGUCAAGGGGUAAAAUGGGAUUGGGCCCUACAUAUUCAAUAUACACAUCACAAGGCAAUUCUUUAGCAUAUGUGUUACUGAGAAGUAUAAGUAUUCCUAAAUAAGUAAAUAUCAGAAAUUAUACAUUUAUUGGUGUCAGUUUCAUAGAGUUUAAUAACCAAUAUUCUUCACCACAGGUUUAUUAUAGCACCGCUAUGUGGAGUAAUGAAGCAGUACCUUUAGUAAGUCAGAUUGGGGGGCAAGUUGUAAGGAGUGCCUAUGUUUCAUUAAAAAUAUCAAUAUUUUAUCGAUAAUCGGAAUCAUGUAGUUACUUAAAAGUAUUAAACAAACCAAAAUACUCUGUGAAGAAGCUUUUAGGUGCUCUUAUCUGGGGAGCUGUUAACUUGUGGUUUUUUAUUCGGUGCAACAGAGGGAACUCUUGUUCUUCCUUUCCUGGGGUGGUCCUGAUGAGAGCCAGUUUCAUCAUAAUGUUUUUGAAAUGUUUCAGAUUAACUGACCUUCAUUUCUUAAAGUAUUUUUUCUUUAUUUAGUUGAGUAGUUCUUGCUUCUCAUAAUCUGGAUUAGAACGUUACUCAAAUAGAGCUUUUCACUGUAUACCUGUAACUCUACCUCUUCACUACUUUACUUUAACUGAUGCUCUCAAACACUUUAUUAAGAGGCAAGAAAUUCAAGUAAUUAACCCCUGAUGAGUUCAGCACAGCUGUUAACUGAAAGCCUGAAUUCCAUGUGACUCUACCUCAUAAAACUGACUGAGAAAAUCCAAGCAAUAGGUAAUACUUUGAAGAAUGUAAAAUAUUAAACAUAUCUAGUUUGUUAAACACUUAUUUGUUUACUAAGAACUUCAAAAGGAUCCUCAGUUGCAGUUGCAAAGACCAUCAGAAAUUGCAGGAUGAAACUGGCAGUGAUCAGGUCCGCCCCCCAAAAAAAGGAAGAGCAAGAGUUUCUUCUGUUGUACAGGAUAAGUUAAUCAGCAACUCCCCAGAUAAGAGCAUCUAAAUGCUUUUUACAGAGUAUUUAGGUUUGUUUAACACUUUUAAGUUACAACAUGAUUCCUUAUGUGUUCCUUUCUAUGAAUUAAGAAAAAAAAAAUAUAUUGUUAGAUAAUAAGAAGGUGUGUCCAAACUUUUGACAUAUGUAAGUAUAUAUACUGUACAUAGACAUAUACAUAUAAAUAUACACACACACACACACACACACACUUAAUGGCAUAUUGUGUUGUUUUUAUUUUGUAAUAAUAAUGAAUAAUGAAGCCAUAUGACUGAAUGUGGACUGUUUUAGUAACUUUGUAAAUAUGUAUGAUACAAAUUGCACAAGAAUAAAUAUUGGACACAAGAAAAACUGA